CUUGGGGAACUCUCACCAAAUGGGAUGAGCUUUUUAAAGAGAAAACUCGCAAUUCAAGUUUGCAAGAUACACGCCUCUGUUUAAUCAAAGAACUCGAAGUAUUAAAAGAGAAGUUUGAACUUCAUACAACUCAAGGAAGAAAAGUCGUUGCUUUUCUCAGAACUCUAGAGAAAAAGAAAAUAUCCGAAUUGCACGUCAAUGUUGGUGAAUUUUCUGCAUUAAUCAAAUACUGUCAAGAUCUCAAAGAAAUGCAGGAAAACCAUAUUGAUGAAAUUUCUCAGUUAGGGAGGCAUCUUUCUAUACUUUUAAAAUGGUCAGAUAUAGAUAGCAAGCUUUUUGAAAUACCUGUAACUCCACCGACUAUUCUGAGACCUGCUCUCCAUCUUAAUAACCUCAAAAUUCAGAUGUGGUCAAAAAUCUUAUCAGAUUCGUUUGUUUUGAAUCAAACUCGAUUCAAACCAAUCUGGGAACUUAACCACCUUAUUCCUGGAAAUGCUAAGGAAGGUUCUUCAAGAUCUUAUUUUGUUGCCGCGAUUUUGAACUCGAAACAAUGGCAAUUCCCUUUUUUUAUUGUUGAAUUUGAACAGCAUGGUUUUGAGGUUCACAAGGAUUUCGCUAUUGUUAUUUGCGAAGCUGUAUUUGAACUAGAUACAUUUUGGACUCAUUAA